CGGGACCUCCCCCGAGAGCGUCAGGUCUCCGCGACCUGAGCGCCCCGCUCAGGACCAUCAGAGAGGCUACAAGAAGGCUGGUGGUCCCCUAGGAGCCCAGCCAGGUGCACUGGGACCUGAGACUGUGCUUUCUCCCCAGGCGGAGAUGGAUCUGGAAGCCGCAAGGAAUGGAACAGCCGGGCGUCCCAGGAGAGCUGAGGGCGACUUUGAACUGGGCAGCAGCAGCAACCGAGACAGGAAAAGAACAAAGAAAGUGAAUUUGAUUGGGCCAUUAGCAUUGUGAAUUUUUCAUUGUCGCUGCUAAAUCCAGGUAGAAUUCUGGAAGAAGAAAUGACUAGGUAUGCAUAUUACUACUCAGGAUUAGGUGCUGGGGUACUCGUUGCUGCCUAUAUACAAGUUUCAUUCUGGACUUUGGCAGCUGGCCGACAGAUUAAGAAAAUCAGGCAAAAGUUUUUUCAUGCAAUCCUACGUCAAGAAAUAGGCUGGUUUGACAUCAACGACAUCGCCGAGCUCAACACAAGGCUAUCAGAUGACAUCUCCAAAAUCAGUGAAGGAAUUGGUGACAAGGUUGGAAUGUUCUUUCAAGCAGUAGCCACGUUUUUUGCAGGAUUCACAGUGGGGUUCAUCAGAGGAUGGAAGCUCACCCUUGUGAUAAUGGUCAUCAGCCCUAUCCUGGGACUCUCUGCAGCUGUUUGGGCAAAGAUACUCUCGACAUUUAGUGACAAAGAACUAGCUGCAUACGCAAAAGCAGGCGCCGUGGCAGAAGAGGCUCUGGGGGCCAUCAGAACUGUGAUAGCUUUUGGGGGCCAGAACAAAGAGCUGGAAAGGUAUCAGAAACACUUAGAAAAUGCCAAAAAAAAUUGCAAUUAAAAAAGCUAUUUCAGCAAACAUUUCCAUGGGCAUUUCUUUUCUGCUAAUAUAUGCAUCAUAUGCACUGGCUUUCUGGUAUGGAUCCACUCUGGUUAUAUCAAACGAAUACACGAUUGGAAAUGCAAU